AUGUUCCUUGUGAACGCGUCUGUUGCCGGUGCUUGUGGCGCGCUCUCAGGUGUGGUCGGGAAGCUUGCCGUGGAGUCCGCGCGCGUUCCGUUGUUGGUGCGGAGCGGUGGCCUCUACCUACAGCUCGAUCUGGCCACCAUGGAGAUGGUACAGGCCGUCGUUCCAUGGCUGCUGCGUAUCUUCCUUUUCCUAAUGAACGCCGUUCUGACAGCGUCCAUGUGGCGCUUCUACUUGAAGGCGCUUUCUCAAGGUCCGACACCAGUUUGCCAGAUCUUGAAUACCGGAACGAACUUUGUCGUCAGCGCUGUGACUGGGCUUGUGCUCUUUUCAGAGGAGGUGACGCUGAUGUGGGGUGUCGGGGCGCUGCUGAUUGUCAUAGGCCUGGCGCUGGUGGUGUCCGAUCCGCAGGUCAGCGUGUGA